CCGGAUAUUGGGGUUGAUUAAUUCUGUCGUUUGGAGUGGUGGCAUUUCAAUUUUGGUGUUGUACAGGGUGUUUCUUUGAAUCUGCAAAUAUUGCUCCGGCCGUGGUUUUGAAAAAGCGUUUAAAAAAAAUGACCAAUCGUGGGCACCAGUUACCGGACUCCUCUUCAUCUCCUCCAAACUUACAAUUUGGAUAUAGCACAGGGGACGUUUCAGAAGAAGAGCUCACAGAUCUACCAAGCUGCGCCUUCGCUGCCAGACCUUCCUCCAACACAGGCAUCCAGCACCCCUAUCUGGCUAGUCUGCACCACAAUGCAGAUAGCCAAUGUGGACCUGGAGGUCUGUCCAGCUCUGCCGAUUUCUAUGGAUCUUCUCCAUACAGGGUGCAGAGACACGCUGCGAACAUCAGAGAGCGAAAAAGGAUGCUGAGGUCUGCUAUUGGACCCACCGGGAUGCACGUGCCCACCUUCCCGUACGAGAAGCGCCUGAGCAAGAUCGACACCCUGAGGCUGGCGAUCGCGUACAUCGCACUGCUCAGGGAGGUGCUCACGGCCGACUGCGACCCGCUCACCUACGUCGAGCCUUACAAAUUAACUUAUUUCAAUGUAACCGCCCUCGGGGAGCCCAUCAGAUUCCUGUUGAACUACGGCAAUCUGGAAUUCGAGGACGUCAGGAUCGAUAUGGAACAGUGGCCCACCGUCAAACCCACCAUGCCCUUUGGUCAGAUGCCCAUCCUCGAACACAAUGGAAAAGUAGCCCAUCAGAGCAUUCCCAUCGCCAGGUACCUGGCCAAGCUGGUUAAAUUGAAUGGCAAAAAUGAUUGGGAAGAUCUGGAAAUUGACUCAGCUGUUGAGACAGUCAAUGAUCUGAGGGCCAAAAUUGCCGCCUUUCACUAUGAGAAGGAUGAAGCUGUGAAGGCUACUAAGGCUGGUCCAUUGUUCAGUGAAAUUCUUCCCUUUUACUUGGAAAAGCUUGAAGCCCAAGCAAAAUUGAACAAUGGAUAUUUGGCUUGUGGGCGUUUGACAUGGGCUGAUUUGUAUUUUGUAGGCAUAUUGAAGUACUUGAACUUCAUGGCUUUGAAGGACAUUAUUGCUGAUUCUCCCAACUUGGUUUCUGUCAAUGAGCAUGUGCUGGCUCUGCCUAGCAUCAAGGCUUGGAUUGAGAAGCGUCCACAAACUGAUAUGUAAUCCUGCAUCACAUCCAAUGUUUUUGAAAUGUUUAUAAAAUUUGAAAGUUGGGAUCAAUUGUUGAAGUUAAAAUUUUGUAUGAAAGCCUGUUAUUCCUAUUUGUGAUAUUAAAUGAUCUGAAAG